UUCAGGUCAUAGGUCUGGAUCUGAAACCCUCCGCUGUAUUCCAAUUUAAAAAGUUGUCACAAGAGUCUGCUUAUGAGUUUGCACUUGAGCGUGUGAAAUUUGCGAGAAAUUCUGUCAAAUUAAAAGUUUGGUCUGCUUAUCCUGAGAUGACAAGAAUUGGAAGAAAAAGCCGCAUGAGGGCUCAAAGCGGCCUUUGAUGCGAACCAAAUAGUGUCCAGAGUGAAAGUUGUGGUCAUGAACUGAGAUCGACGCAACCGUUUUGAAGUGAGCGCAAAAAGUGGAACUGAUCCCAAAAAACUUUUAGUGCGCCUGAAACAUGGGCAGAACCCAAUUAUGUGGAACUGUCAAAGUCAAGGACCGAUCGUCUGGUGGGAGAAGUCAAGGCCGAGCAAGGAAAAGAACACCCAACGCGUGUCUGGUAAAUCCAUAUGUUCCAAUUUGGUUCCGUUCCCAUCAUCAUCACCAUCAUCAUCAUCAUCGUCACCACAAUUACCACCGACCUAGACGGGCGGCAAUCAUCCAGAAUUUUUACCCAAGCUUACCAAAUUCCGGUCGGCGUCUCGAUCAUGGCAGCAGACCUUAUGCUUCUACCCUAGGUUGUUCUAUUUGUCCCUCUUAUUCUUCCUCAGUCUCCCCCCGCCUGUCCUUGUCCAUGCUCAAGGCACUUUUGGAGAGUGACUACUUCAGAGGGCCCUUGUCCCCUGAAGCGCCGCGGUCUCUUUCCACGACCAAACCUCAUGUAUGGAACAAGUCGAAAAAGAACCAAAACCCAAAUGGGAACGCCGCCAACUCUCUGGCGUCGACCAGCGAGAGGAGGGCGAAGAAGAGAGAGAAAAAGAAAAGGAUCUUUCCCUCGUUUCCCUGGUGGUCGCGAACCUCUUUUGAGGGAAGGCAAGCCCAAAGAGGUAGGAAUACAAACAGCACUCCCGACGACCAUCGGGGAGAACGAAGAGUAACAGGAAUUGAAGCCAGGGGAAAAGGACAAAGCGAAACAAGGAACUCUUCAGCUGACUUCUUUUAUCUCCCCUCUUUCCUAUCCCCCUCCCGGUCCUCCCGGUCCUCCCGGCCCUCCUGGUCCUUCUGGUCCUCCUCGUCCUCCCUGCCCUUCUCUCGCUCCGCCUCCUCAUGGAAACGAGGAGGCCUAUUCCUUCUCCAUCGAGAAGGUAGAGAAGUACCACCCAGAGAAAAAUACUUGCACGUCGAGAACGGGAAAAGAGGGAAAGGAAGAACAAUUCAAAUCCGAGACGAGAACGCAAGAGGAAAGAGCUUCCGAAGUAACUCCGUGGGCUCGCAAAAGUUCCUAAGUGGAGGGAACGACCGUCAAAAUCGGCAAAUUGAGAGGAACGUGAGGAGCAAACGCUCCCGGUCUUUCGACAGAAUGUUGGCUCCACCUGUUUUGCUGACAACCCCAUCUCCGGAUGAUGGACAGUCGAACUUCUUGACACCCCAUCGGUUCCGGGACCAAAGAUCCAAUAGCUGUGUUAGUGAUAGUGCCGCUCUCAUCAGUCCCGAUCAUCGUCGGCCAUCCACGAUCUCGUGCGGACCAACUUUGGCUCGCUAUGCCGGGCCUGGACCCGGGCCUCAAAGAGCUUACCUCAUUCGAGAACGGGCUACGGGUGAGGAGACCGUGGUGACUAUGUCGGGCGUACGAUCUCCGGUGGUUGGCGCCCGGACGAUCGUGAAUAAGAUCCCGUCAUUCUAUGCCAAUGCCCAAUUCGUCUCGCAAAGGCCGGGUGGUCGCAAUGCCACGAUCCCAUCUGGUCCCUUGGAAGGCGGUCAGAAUGCCAAGUGCUCGAGCUUUGAUGAUGAGUACAUCCAAUACAAUUCCUUAAUGUCUUCUUCGGACUACAAACGACGUUUCUCAGAGAUGUUGAAUGCCCAGGACGUGAUUGCAGCAAAUCGAUUAGAGAAAGUGUACCAACAAUACCGACGGCAAGCUCAUGCCGCUUCGGAUGACACCAUGAGAGCUGCAUCCGACAAACUUGAUGAAUGGAUGAUGCACAGAGACAUCAAAAGAAGACGAUCCUGUGCCGUGGGAGACUUUGCCACUCAGACCUCGGCCAGGAGCAAAACCCCCUUUCUUAUGCCACAAGGUCGAAUAUCCCGGGCUCAUAGUCAGGCCGGCACCGGACUAGACAUUCCCAACUCGGCCACCCUGAACGAAUUCUUACGCCGAAAUAGUAGUCGAAGAAGCACCCGCAGUGCAAAGUGCUACCCGGGUGGCACCCGAAGUCGCCGGGAGAGUGUCUUUCCAGGAGGUGGUGGCGGUGGUUUAGGUGCCAAUAACAAUCACUCAAAGAGAAAUGGUUACAACAACACGGAUGUGGAACUCGCGGCUGAGCGCCUCAAGGCCGAGUUGGCGGUGGAGGCUGGCCUUAUUCCGCUAACACCGGUUGACGAUGAUGACUUUGCACCGCCUUCUGAGAAGGAGAGGCAACGAAUCGUCCUCAUUGUGAGUUGUGUUGCCUUAGCCAUCACGGUCUUGGCGGCUUCCUUGGUGGGGCUUAGCCUCGGUAUGUCUCAUAUGCUGGAAGAACUUAAUCCAAAAGUUCAACGCCAAUUCAACGCUUCCUUUUCGACCACGUCCACAUUAGAGUUUGACCUUGAUCCGGGUGAAAACCAGGACACAAUCUACGCUAAUGAAGAGGUCUUGAAGGGCGAAUCCAUUCAAGAUCUAGAAUCCUCAAGUAUUUCCCACGAAGACGAGUCCAAUCUACUUAAUGCUAUUGCAGUAGCUACUUCUCAGAAACUUCGAUCGUUUAAGGCCGGCAAGGUCGAUCUCAUUGGAUCGGACAAGGUCAAAUUCAACAAUUUUGAACGACUGCUGGGGGCAGAUGACGAAUCCAUAUCGAUGUCUUAGGAGGCCAUUUUGUCCUCGAGAUAGUGUGAUGAUGUCUAGCUCUCUGUAAUAAAGCGACUAUCUUUGACAUGACCGUA